GGCCACCAAUAAGCACACAACACAAACAUCACCACAGCCGGCAUUUGCUACAACACUCGUUGCUCGUCUCCCUCCUCAUCCUCAGAUCACAUUGCCAGACGCCAUGGAGGUCACAGGCACGAGGAGAGCCUUGCCGAUCACCGCAUUCGCCCUCAUGGCGAUGGCUCUGGCGUCCCUGGAGCCGGUGCUGGCAGGCAGGGACGGCGACGCGCUGACGGCGCUACGCAAGGGCCUGGAGGACCCCGACGGCGCGCUCACGGACUGGGACCCGAACCUGGUGGACCCGUGCACGUGGUUUCACGUCGUGUGUGACGGCGAUAACCGCGUCAUCCGCCUGGAUCUUGGGAGACUGAACCUGUCGGGUCCUCUGGCACCCGAGCUGGGACAACUGGAUCAGCUGCAAUACAUGGAAAUUUUCGGGAACAGCAUCAGUGGAUCAAUCCCAUCAGAGUUCGGUAGCUUGGUGAACCUGAUCAGCCUGGACCUGUCCAGCAACAGCAUCUCAGGAGCUAUACCCGCAGCGCUCGGGAACGCCAAGUCCCUGAAGUUCCUGCGUUUGGAUCACAAUCGCCUGACGGGGCCGAUCCCAAGGGAGCUUGCUGGGCUGCCCAAUCUUGGAAUUGUAGAUUUCUCCAACAACGACCUUUGUGGCGCGAUCCCGACAGACGGAGCAUUCCAGAACAUUCCCCGUAGCAGCUUCGACAACAACCCGCGGCUGCAUGAGGGAGGCGAGUUUGAACCCAACUGCUAGAUGGCUGUCUGUAACUCUGUAUGAAUAAUGAUCGAACAAUCACGUAGAGCGGUGUUCUGAUCCAUCCAUGCAGACUUUCUCAGGGCAAAACCAUGCUCCUUACCCAAUGGCCCUUUAGAUGGGCCUAUAUUGUACUUGAUGAUUUGGUAUACUUGACGUCUAUCUCUAUUGGCCAUUUGGCCUAUUGCUACUCCAAGUAUGCUAUUUCUAUAAGUUAAUGCCAGCUGCUGUGAUUGGAAGACUAAA